AUGGUGUGGGAGGGAGGCUUGAGAAUUACAUAUAACAAAUGGGAUCAGAAUUAUGAUCAAGAUAUAACCCUCUUCUUCAAGCUUGGAACAAGAAGUAUUAAAUUUCAAGAUAUCAAAGUUUGUCACUGGCAGGCUCCCAGUUUUGGUGUAACCUUAUUCUGCUGUGAUGGAGCUUCUUUUGGAAAUCCAGGAUUAGCAGGAUUUGGGGUUGUAGUCAGAGAUCACUUAUGUCAGGUAAUCUGCACUCUAACUGGAGGUCUGGGGAUUACCACUAAUUACAUUGCAGAAGUCUUUGUUGUAACUUGUGCUGCUGAAUUAGUUGUUGAAUGGAAACUUGGAAGCAUAAUCAUUAGCUCAGAUUCUCAAAAAGUCAUAAAUGAAUUUACUUCUAGUAAAAUUCCUUGGUUCAUCAAGAUGAGAUGGAGAAGAGCAGCUAGUCAACUGAUGUCUAUUAGAUUCUGCCACUGUUAUAGAGAAACAAACUUUUCUGCAGAUGUUGUUGCAAAAAAUGGGGCUCAGCUUAGAGCAGGUGAAAGACAACUUUAUAUGGGAAGACCUCCUUUGUUAACUAGAAUUGAAUUGGCAGGCAUAAACUACUACAGAUUUAGUUGA